CUCCUCAGAGGUCCUUCCCUGUAGGUGACAUUCAUCUGAAGGAGUAGCCGAAGCAACGGCGAACUGACAGGCGGCGAACAGUUAAAUAAUCAUACUGAGACACCAUGGCACAGGCGGUACAGAAACUGGUUGCUAGAGUACCAUCUUUAGUUGGCGCCGCUGUGAGCUACUCCAAGCCCCGGCUAUCGACCUUCUGGUACUAUGCCCGUGUGGAGCUGGUGCCACCGACCCCGGCUGAGGUCUCGAAGGCAGCGGCCGGAGUGUCCGACCUCGUCAAGGCUUUCCAGGCUGGCCGUGUGGGACAGACCACAGUCAGGGAUGCCUUGAGGAACGGUCUGGUCGCCACAGAGGUUCUGAUGUGGUUCUACAUUGGCGAGAUAAUUGGAAAAGGAGGCAUUGUGGGAUAUGAUGUGUAAAUGUGGACUGUCCUUGUUGCUUGUUUUCAUUAUGUCUAAGCUCUUUGUUUCCAGUUUGAACUUCUUGGAAUCCAGGAACUAACUAAAUAAAUAUGUAUUGUUCAAAAAAA